AGUAAUAUAGAGUGCACUCGUCGGACAAUUGAGUCAUGAACUUAAAUUCGCAGCAUAUUCAAAUUCCAAAAACAAUGUUUUUAGUGCUACUAUAACAUAUCUUAACAAGAAGCGAAAAUGUAAAUGUCACUUUCGGAAUAAAAAAAAAACGUUUCUUAACCGGGGUUUCCACUGCCCCGCCUAAUAUUUUGCCUUCGCCUCUCAUCACCUCCAUCCAAGUCAUCACUGACGUGCUGGGUAACCGUUUGCAGCCACAGCCAGCCAUGCCAGGUCUCUUGCUAGGAGAUGUGUUCCCUGAUUUCGACGCCGAAACAACUACCGGCAAAAUACAAUUCCAUGACUUCUUGGGUGACUCCUGGGGAAUUCUGUUCUCCCACCCCCGUGACUACACCCCAGUGUGCACCACAGAGCUGGGUCGAGCUGCCAAGCUCAGUAGUGAGUUUACCAAGCGCAACGUCAAGAUGAUUGCCCUGUCAAUCGACAAUGUGGAGGACCACUGUGGCUGGAGCAAGGACAUCCUGGCUUAUAACAACGAAGAGCCUGGCUGUGUCCUCCCCUUCCCUAUCAUAGCUGACAGUCAGAGGGAGCUGGCAGUGUCUCUAGGCAUGCUGGACCCUGAUGAGAAGGACAAGGAUGGCAUGCCCCUCACAGCCCGCUGUGUGUUUAUCAUUGGUCCAGACAAGAAACUGAAGCUCUCCCUACUUUACCCAGCGACAACUGGACGCAACUUUGAUGAGAUUCUGAGAGUGAUUGACUCCCUGCAGCUUACUGCACAGAAACGGGUAGCCACGCCUGCAGACUGGAAGCCUGGAGAUCGUGUGAUGGUUCUGCCCAACAUCCCAGAGGACGAGGCUGCCUCUCUCUUUCCUGACGGGGUGUACAAGAAAGACCUGCCCUCAGGGAAGAAAUACCUGCGCUACACACCCCAGCCAUGAGGGGCACCC